UGAUUAGGAAUGCGAACCAUCGGUCAGCGUCCCCGAAGUCACGUGUCUCAUUUGACCGCGAAGCUAGCGCCGUCUCAAGCCGGACUAGGCCGAUCGCCCCCCAUCGCGCACUCAAGUACCCUCGGCCCUCGUCCAGGGUAAUGUGACGCGCCACCACGCGCGUUUACAUAAUAUGUACGCAAUUUUCCGAAGAUUUUUUCCGACACAACUGCAUUUGCCACGUGACCCGUGCUUUCUUGGGCCAACUUCUGGACGCAUGGAUGUCACUUUCGAAAACACUUGAGUCAUUAGAAGAAUUCAUCGAGACACAAAUUGAGAGUGCUGCCCAAGCGCGCUUGCAGAUCAAAAGGUUGGAAUUGCUCAAACAGCGAGCGCUAGAAAAUCCUCGAGCAUUUAUUGGAAAUCUUGGCAAGGAGCUAGAAGAGUUUCGCACUGACCAGGAAUAUGGUAAACGUGAGCCUGAUUAUAUUGACUGGUCGCUGUACAAACGUGCAGAUCCUGCGAUCCUUCACCAAAUGAACAUUCCUCCGCUUCACUUCCAUUCCGAGCCUCACAGUACUUGUUCCGAAUCUUCCUUCCGCCGCCAAGCUACUCCAAUAUUGGAAGAGUAUCGGUCCCGUAUCAAUGCGCUUGGUCUCGAGCCGUGCCCCGUGGAACAGGAAGACACUCCACACAUUGCAUUGCCACAGAGGAUCAAGAGACGGAAAAGAUGUUUAGAAGAGCUUCCCUCAGACGACGAUAUUUCGGCAUCCCCCCAAAGAAAUCCAGAAUCUAAGUCUGACGAUAACCAAACGCUCCAUGACGAAGCUUCUGCAUCAUCCACUCCGCCGCCUCAAACAGAUAUGAACAGGUUAAAUCGGUCAGCCAAGCCCAAGGCGGAACUAUUUAAUGUCCCUUGGACAGCUGAAGAGCAGAGAUUACUGGAGAAAUGCCUCCUCGAGAUCCCAUCAACGGAAAAGCAGCGCUGGAUAAAGAUCAGCAAGGCUAUGGGUGGUGUUCGAACUGGGCGGCAAGUUGCCAGCCGCGUUCAGAAGUACAAUCUCAAGCUCAAGAAGUUUGGCCUGGAACCGCCUGCGUAGACACUUCGGUCAAGACCGCAGCAGUGCCACUUAGCAUCUGAUAUCUAAUCAUGAAGUGGGUCAGUCUGCUGCUAUUGUAGUUCGGUUCGUCCAUAACGUACAUUUCGUUGCAGGAUUGCCAUCCACCAGUUUGAUGCCGGCGCAAGCUGAGGUGGAAUCAGUAGUCCCUUCUACUGGAAGCUCAGAACCUCGGAGACAUUGUGUUGGGAGCUGUCGGAAUAUUACUUCGUGGAUCUGUUCUUCGGGUAGCAAAUCGGAUGUGAGACGUUGGCCACAGGGGUUGGGAAACUUGAG